AUGGCUUCCCUUCAGUCAGUGCCGAACACGGCACCUGGCAACAUGAGCUUGCCGCCGAACCUGACACAGCAACACAUCCAAGAGGUCUACCAGAAAUACAAACAGAUGCAAGAGCAGGGCGUCCGCCACGACGACCCUGAAUAUCUCAAAGCCCAUAAUCUUCUUUCCGCCGUCCAACGACAGCAGGUGUUCCAAAAGCAAAGACAGAUCGCGCAACAACAACAGCUCCAAGCGCAGCAACGUCAACAGCAAUUGAAUGGUACGACACCUGAAGCCGCCGGCCCAAAUGGUAUGCACGCGCGAAACAACUCGGUUCCGACCGGAGCUGGCCAGGAUGCCGUGUCCACCCCCACUGGCGCUCAACCGCAAGCGCCCUCUGGCCAGGCCGCUUCGCAGAAGGGUGCACCUGUUGCGAGUGGUAGUUUCUCUCCAGAGCAGCUGUCCAUCCUGAGAAGCCAGAUCCUGGCCUUCAAGAUGCUAUCCAAAAACCUCCCGCUCCCCCCUCGUGUACAACAACAGCUUUUCCCGUCCAAAAAGUCGCAGACUCCGGCGCCUUCCGACACUGUCGCAGCUGCUGAGGGUGUCAUCGAGGGCGUGAGUCAGUCCAAAUCGGAACAGUCAGGCCCUGUCGAGGACAUCACUCCCAGCAAAGAAUAUUACGAGUCCUUGCAAUCGCCCUACGAGUCAAUUCCCAAGACUAUCACCUUCACAAAUCAUGCCUCGCGUGCUAACCGUAUGCGCGUUCCCGCCUUGAUGCCCGUCGGCAUGGAUCUCGAACAAAUUCGGGAAGAGCGAGAGACGGUGCUCUAUAACAAGAUCAAUGCGCGGAAAGCCGAACUGGCUGAGCUCCCGGCCAAUGUCGGCGUGUGGGAUACCAGCCGCAGCGACACCGCCACGGGUGAUGAUUCUCUGAAGCUGAAGGCUCUGAUCGAAUACAAAAUGCUCAAUCUGCUGCCCAAGCAGAGACUCUUCCGCAAGCAGAUUCAGAACGAAAUGUUCCAUUUCGACAACUUGGGCAUGACCGCGAACCGCGCAUCCCACCGUCGAAUGAAGAAACAGUCCCUUCGGGAGGCGCGGAUCACGGAGAAGCUUGAGAAACAGCAGCGCGAUGCUCGUGAGACCCGGGAGAAGAGGAAGCAGUAUGACCAACUCCAGGCGAUCCUCAACCAUGGUCUCGAACUUCAAACGGCUGCUAGCCAACAGCGCACUCGCGUACAAAAGCUGGGUCGUAUGAUGCUGCAACACCACCAGCAUAUGGAGCGCGAGGAGCAGCGUCGCGUCGAGCGCACGGCCAAGCAGCGUCUCCAGGCUCUCAAGGCCAACGAUGAAGAGACCUACAUGAAACUGCUGGGACAGGCCAAGGAUUCCCGUAUCUCCCACCUUCUCAAGCAGACCGACAAUUUCCUCAAACAACUUGCCGCCUCCGUCAGGGAACAACAGCGAAGCCUGGCCGAGCGAUACGGCGAGGAGGAUCAGUUCUACGAGGAGGACGAGGACGAAGACAUUGCCUCCGGAAGCGACGACGAAGAAGGUGGUGGUCGACGCAAGGUCGAUUACUAUGCUGUUGCGCAUCGCAUCAAGGAAGAAAUCACUGAGCAGCCUUCGAUUCUGGUGGGUGGUACGCUGAAAGAAUACCAAAUUAGAGGUUUGCAGUGGAUGAUCUCGCUCUACAACAACAACCUCAAUGGUAUCUUGGCCGACGAGAUGGGUCUCGGUAAGACCAUCCAGACGAUCAGUUUGAUCACCUAUAUCAUCGAGAAGAAGAAGAACAACGGGCCCUUCCUGGUCAUUGUGCCCCUGAGUACUCUGACCAACUGGAAUCUGGAGUUCGAAAAGUGGGCUCCUGCGGUCAGUCGCGUGGUUUACAAGGGACCCCCCAACGCUCGUAAACAGCAACAACAGCAGAUCCGUUGGGGCAACUUCCAGGUCCUCUUGACUACGUACGAAUACAUCAUCAAGGAUCGCCCGGUCUUGAGUAAGGUCAAGUGGACUCACAUGAUUGUCGACGAGGGUCACCGUAUGAAGAAUACGCAGUCCAAGCUUAGCAGCACGCUUUCUCAGUACUACACCAGCCGGUAUCGGUUGAUUUUGACUGGUACUCCGCUGCAAAACAACCUUCCCGAGCUGUGGGCUCUGCUGAACUUCGUCCUGCCCAAUAUUUUCAAGUCGGUGAAAUCGUUUGAUGAGUGGUUCAACACGCCGUUCGCCAAUACGGGUGGUCAGGAUCGCAUGGAGCUGAGUGAAGAAGAACAGCUGCUGGUGAUUCGUCGUCUCCACAAGGUUCUCCGGCCCUUCCUUCUGAGACGUCUGAAGAAGGACGUCGAGAAGGAUCUCCCUGACAAGCAAGAACGUGUCAUCAAGUGCCGUUUCUCUGCCCUGCAAGCCAAGCUGUACCGCCAGCUGAUGACACACAACAAGAUGGUCGUCAGCGACGGCAAGGGAGGAAAGACGGGUAUGCGUGGUCUCAGUAACAUGCUGAUGCAGCUGCGCAAACUGUGCAACCAUCCUUUCGUGUUCGAACCUGUGGAAGAUCAGAUGAAUCCCACUCGGGCGACGAAUGAUCUGCUGUGGCGUACCGCCGGUAAAUUCGAGCUCCUAGACCGCAUUCUGCCCAAAUUCCGAGCAACCGGUCAUCGUGUCUUGAUGUUCUUCCAGAUGACGCAGAUCAUGAACAUCAUGGAGGAUUUCCUGCGCUUGCGGGGUUUGAAGUACCUGCGUCUGGACGGUUCCACCAAGUCCGAUGAUCGUUCCGACCUUCUGAAACUGUUCAACGCCCCCGGUUCUGAGUACUUCUGCUUCUUGCUCUCGACGCGUGCUGGUGGUCUCGGUCUUAACCUUCAGUCUGCCGACACUGUCAUCAUUUUCGAUUCGGAUUGGAACCCCCACCAGGAUUUGCAGGCCCAGGAUCGUGCGCAUCGUAUCGGUCAAAAGAACGAAGUGCGUAUCUUGCGUCUGAUUACCUCCAAUUCUAUCGAAGAGAAGAUCCUCGAACGUGCACAGUUCAAGUUGGAUAUGGACGGCAAAGUCAUUCAAGCCGGAAAAUUCGACAACAAGUCCACCAAUGAGGAGCGUGAUGCGCUACUGCGAACUCUGCUCGAGUCUGCCGAGGCGGCUGAUCAGCUCGGCGACCAGGAUGAGAUGGACGAUGAUGACUUGAAUGAUAUCAUGGCUCGUUCCGACGAAGAACUGGCUACCUUCCAGCGGAUUGAUAAGGACCGUCAGCAGACUGAUCCGUACGGACCUGGUCAUCCCCUCCCUCGUUUGAUGGGAGAGAGUGAACUCCCCGAUAUCUACCUUGCUGAGGACAACCCGGUUGCGGACGAAGUCGAGGUCGAAGUCGGUGGGCGUGGUGCCCGCGAGCGCAAGGUCACUCGAUAUGACGAUGGUCUUACCGAGGAGCAGUGGCUCAUGGCGGUCGAUGCCGAUGAUGAUACGAUCGAAGAUGCCAUCGCUCGGAAAGAGGCUCGCGUGGAACGACGCCGGGUGAACAAGGAAAAGCGCAGCCGCAAGGCUGGUGGCGACUCUUCGCCGGAGCCUUCGCGCGAGAGCUCGGAAACUCCUCAGCCCAAGAAGCGGGGCCGCCGUGGCCCUGCGCCGAAGCGUAAAGCGGAAGAACUUGUUGAGGAGACACCUCAGCCCAAGCGCAAGCGAGGCAGACAGGCCAAGCCGGUGGAGACGUUGAGUCCUGAGAACCGGGCUAUCUUGCAACAGAUCCUCAACAAUGUCUACCAGUCAUUGAUGGAUAUGGAACAAGAGCUCCCUGCCGAUUCUUCCGAUAGCGAGGACGGACCGGUGACUCGUUCGAUCAUCGAGCCAUUUAUGAAGCCGCCGCCUCGGUCGCAGUAUCCCGACUACUACAUGAUCAUUCAGAAUCCUAUUGCGAUGGAGAUGAUCCGCAAGAAGAUUAAUCGCGAGGAGUACCAGAAUCUGAGGGACUUCCGCAAUGAUAUCCACCUUCUUUGCCAGAAUGCUCGAACUUACAACGAGGACGGCAGCAUUCUAUUCCAGGAUGCUAAUGAUAUCGAGGCCAAGUGUCUCGCGGAGCUCAAGAAGGAAACCGAGGGCCAUCCCCAAUUUGCCAACUACGACGACUCAGUAUCGCCGGCUGACCAGGACCCGUCGGCGAUUGCGUUUUCCGGAGCGGACACGCCGAGUGCGGCUACUCCUGGUCAACCGAAGCUGAAGCUCACCUUCAACCGGGAUAGCACCGGGGUGGCCAACGGCAGUCCGAGCACUGGGAUGAACGAAGAUGAGUAA